GGUCUCGGGUUGUUUUUUGUGUUUUGUUUGGGGGUCCCUUGGGGGAAUUCUUGCUGCCCGAGAGAGUUGAGUACAUGGCUCCAGCCGCUCCACUCAGCAAGCGUGUCCGAUCGGGGCGUCGUCUCGCGAGCCUGAUUCUCUUGUCGUCGCGGUUGUGAGUUCAUCUGCCCUUCCCCCGUUCCGUUUUCUUGCUGAAUCCGGUAGAGCAGGGGUCGGUUGGGGGUUUUUCUUUCCUUUCCCUUUCCCUUUCCCCCUUUUCCUUGUUAUACCCGUGUAAGUAGAAAGAGGAAUGGGCAGGGAUAGCCUUCUGCUUCCGACUGUAGGACCUCCAAUAAAGCUAGGGACAGCCGGGUUAAGGAGAAAACAGGCCGGUAGGGGAUCGUAUCGGGGGAGUUAGGGUUAGGAUUCGCGGUGACAAUUGGGGUGCUUGAUUUUUGGGAUUUCUUUGAGAUUUUUUUAAGUGGGGAGCCUAGAAAGUUGGAAGGGGCAUUAGGCGGCGGCGGCCCUCUCUUGUUGUGCUUGAUAGGAUUGUCUUGGCGACCGAAAUGGGGGCGUACGUGCACCCACUGCUGAAGAGCCUCUGUUCUGGUUCGGAGUGGACGUAUGCCGUCUUCUGGAAGCUCAAGCAUCGGGCGCGCAUGGUUUUGACUUGGGAGGAUGCGUACUAUAACAGCCAUGGACAAACUGGUCUUUCCAAGUUUAAGUGCUCCGAGGAGACAGUGGACCACUCAAACAGUCUUGGAUAUUCAUGCGAUCCCCUUGAGUUAGCUUUGGCAAAGAUGUCCUACUACGUGUAUUCUCUUGGGGAAGGGAUUGUGGGGCAGGUGGCAGCUAGUGGGAAGCAUCAGUGGUUAUGUCCCAGUCUUUAUCUAGCCAAUAACUGCUUAUCAUCGGAGGACUGUGAUAUCUGGCAGACACAAUUUUCAGCUGGAAUUGCGGCUGUUCUUGUCAUCGCUGUUCUUCCGCAUGGAGUGCUGCAGCUUGGCUCUUUAAAUAAAGUGAACGAGGAUGUGAAGCUGGUGACCAAUAUCCAAGAUGCAUUUUUGUCUUUCCAAGAUUCCUUGUUACGGCGUAAAUCUGUUCCCUUGCCAUGUUCUGAUAAUUUACUACAGCAGGCAAGUUCAUUUAUGGAUGGUUUGGUAUCGGAAGCCACUUCUGACUGCUCCGGCAACCUAAAUGAAUCUAAAGAAGAAACAAAUAUAUGUUCACCUUCUCCAUAUAUUGGAAAGUACAUCGAGAGAUCCGGUGUUCUGCCACUGUCCGGAAGUCAUCGGGGAACAGAAGUUAAGGUUCUCCACAAUCAUGAACAGAGCCCAAGUACUUUGGAGAAUCAUAUUCAAGAAAAUAUAUGCAAUAAGAAACCUUUUAAAGAAGAACCUAAUUUGGAUGGUCUAAAUGCCAUUCUGGCGCCCACUAUCAGUCCAUUCACGGAAAAUAUAUCAUCCGACUGUUAUUUAUUUGAAAAUGCCUUUCCAACUGAAGAGAUGGGUCUUGAUUGCACAUAUCUCCCUUUAGACCAGUUAGGAUCUUCUUCUGGUCAUGAUAGAGUCAGAGCUCGUAAUUCAGAUGAUGUUUCAAAUGAGCUCCUUCAAUUACCGGAAAUGGCACAAAAAGAUUUAGGGAAAUGUUUGGAGAUUGAUGAUAACCUAGAGAAAUCCAGAGGAUCAUUUGGAUUCCCAAGUAUUUCAGAACUGCAUGAAGCACUUGGACCAGCUUUUUCGAGGAUGAGUGCUCCCUCAGUUUGGGAAGAAGACAAAACAGAAGCUGAAAGAGCAGUGCAGAUUUUAGAAGGGAUCAGCAGUAGCCGUUCGACGAAUGAAUCGGACUCAGAGCAUCUUCUGGAAGCUGUAGUGGCUAAAGUUUGUCAGAGUGGUCAUGACAAUAAAAAUGAAGGAUCAUUUUCCAGCUCAAUAAGGUCUCCAAUGGUUUCAGGAAGAGUGCCAGAAGCUUCCAGCUCUAACCUUUCUAAGUUCACUGCUCGUUCAGUGGGUUAUUCAAUUGAUCAGCCCUAUCAUAUGGAAGGACACGGCCUACAUUCAUCAGACAGAAGUCUUGCUAUGUCUUCAGCAAGCAUUUCGUCUUCUUGUCAAACUUCACAUAGCGAUCUGUUAGAGAGGUCAUCGGAGCUUGCGAAGAACAGCAAAAAGAGGGCUAGGCCCGGUGAAAAUCGUAGGCCCAGGCCAAGGGACAGACAACUGAUCCAAGAUCGUCUAAAGGAACUAAGAGAACUGGUGCCUAGUGGGUCAAAGUGUAGUAUUGAUGCACUGUUGGAGCGCACAAUCAAGCAUAUGCUUUUUCUACAGAGCAUCACUAAACAUGCUGACAAGCUGAACAAGUGCGCCGAAUCGAAGCUCCAUCACAAUGAACCAGACGUACUGGGAUCCUCCAGUAAUGAACAAGGAUCAAGCUGGGCAGUGGAGGUGGGCAGCCAUCUCAAGGUCUACUCAAUCAUGGUCGAGAAUCUUAGUAAGAAGGGCCAGCUGCUUGUGGAGAUGAUGUGUGAAGAUUGCAGUCAUUUUCUUGAGAUAGCAGAAGCAAUUAGAAGCUUGGGUCUGACGAUCUUAAAAGGUGUCACAGAAGCACAUGGUGAGAAGAUAUGGAUAUGCUUUGUGGUUGAGGGGCAAAAUAACAAUAGCAUCCACAGAAUGGAUGUCUUGUGGUCACUUGUGCAAAUAUUGCAACCCAAGACUUCAACAUGAAAUGCAACGUGCAGCCCUUGGCCUCAAUCCAGAAACAUAACAAAGUGUUUCAGAAACUCUAUAAUGUAUGCAUGUAGUCAUCCAUGACACAGAUUGGUCCAAUUCUAGUUUGAUCUUUGUGUUUUAUCCUCCUUGGGAUUUGGGAGGAAACCUUGUUUUCUUGGUGUGUUCAUGCGUGAAGAUGAGUGUUGACCCUCUUAGGUAUCGUAAAUGGGGUUUGAGUUUGCACGAGUCACAUCAUCCUUAAAACCUUGCAAUGUAGGAGCUGCUGUGCAUUGAAAGCCCUAUCGUGAUGUGAGUGAUGAUGUUUCUAAAGCUCUAACUUCCGAGUUUUCUUGCUUCAA